GUAAAUUAAAGACAAAAUAAAAAUGAUCACAAAUCUCCAAAAAUGUCGACCCAUGGACACCGCAUUAAAUCUACUCCGCCGCACCCAAUCACUCCACCACCAGCAUCUCCGCCGUCAAUUGAUACACAACGGCCCGGAUACCGUGGAGGAGCUCCUUGACCGACACGUAGUCAAAAAAGAUAAAACUGAUUCUGAAGACAACGAAUUGCUGACUCGGCAGCGACUCACUAGCAAUCGCCGAGAGGCGCUGAGUCUGUAUCGAGACAUUAUACGAGCUACCCGCUUCUUCAUGUGGCCGGAUUCUCGAGGUGUCCUCUGGCGCGAUGUAUUGAGAGAGAAUGCUCGCAAGGAGUUCGAAGAGGCCCGGUUCGAGAAGGAUCCGGAAGUUGUUACUCGACUGUUGAUUGGAGGGCGGGAUGCUGUGCAGUCGGCUCUUGAUAAGCUUGUCGAGAAGCAAAAGCAGCAAAUUGAAAAGGAAAGAAAUGAAUCAAAUCGUCGCUGACUUUUUUUUUGAUUUCGGGAGUAGUGUUGUGGAUUAUGAUCUUUGAUGGCGGAACUAAAGUUUUUUAUAUCCAUGGUUGGAGGUGAAGAAGUUUCUCAUAUAGUUGAUCAUGCAAGUAUGUGAAGAAAUAAGAUGUUUCCGCACUCUUCUCCUUGUUCAUCCUACAACGUCCAACAGAUAUUGUACUCUCAGUUGCACUUAAAUGACCUCGCGCUUCUCUAUACAUAACAUCUGUUACUAAUUGUAUUUAUCUUCAAAUAUGUUUCCACUUUACGUUUCACUGUUUUCCCCCUUUUAUCAUGAAGAGGUUGCGGCAUGUUGGAUUCAUGGAGAAGCAUGUAAUUGUACAUUCAUUGCACGUUUGAUACACAGUUGUAGACAUGACUAAAGUCAUAUUUUAGUUUAUUUAUGCACGGAAUCUGUUUUACCAAACAUGUCCAAUUUUUCGCU